AUGGGGGAUACAGCAGAGGAGAUAUCUACAAUCUCAGUACAAGAUUUGUUAAGAUAUAUAAAAGGGUUUGUGGAUAUAUUAAUUUUAGGUUCUGGGUAUCAAUCUUCUGGCCAUUUUGCUCUUUGGGAUCCCAUCAACAUUAAAAAGGCCUUCCAAUGGGCCCUUUUCUUUGAAAAUGUGUUCAAGAGCAUAGAAGGCAAUCAAGAUUAUUUAGAUGAUGUUGACACAGCCUUAUCUAAACUGACAUCAGAUCCUCAUUUUCCGCAAGGGCUAACACAUAUGUCAUCUGCUACACUUAGUAAAGCCAGAGGCUUUACAAUAGAACAUUUUAUUAGUACUCUACCAAUGAGGGAUACACAUCUAAAAGCUGUUUUAAAAGCAACCAUUGAAAUGGACCUUGAUGAACUCCAGAGGACAGAAACUAACUACUUGGAUGUAUAUCUUGACAAGUUGACUCUGCAAAAUGAAGAGGGAAUGGACUUUUUGCCUAUUCCUUGUCCUGAUGAUGUUCUAAAUCCGAAGGCUAAAGAUGACAUGAAAGUUGAUCUGUCAACAUUUGCUAUUGGGGGAAUUACAAAAAGGCAACUUGCGGUCUCAUGUGUUUCAUCAAUAGAGACAAGUGUGAAUGUUCUUGCCAAGACCAUGGGACAAGGAAACUCAAAUGAGGUUCCCGAUGACUUCCUUCAAGAACAACAAAAUCACGUAGCAGCUUCUUUGUGGAAUCUGUGGCGAACAAGAGCCCUUUCAUAUCUACUUGAUAAGCGGACUAUUAGAUUGAUUUCAGGCGCGGGCAUGAUUUUUUAUGCCCCGAAGGCUCAGUGGCUACAGGUUUUUGGACGGCUAGAUAUGUCAGUAGAAGCCAAUGCGAUCUUCCAUGAGACAAUUGAGCUCUUACUGGCAGGGUGUAUUUCAAGUCGAUGGAAUUAUGUGACUCAACAUAUCAUGUUGAAUUCUCAUGAACAACCUCUUAGUAUGUCCACUCUAUAUGAAGGAGUGCACAAGUUGAUCCUUCAAAGAAUUCAAAAUCUCAAUAAUAUACAUGAAACAAGGAACUCAAAGGAACAAGAAAUUGUUGAGUAUCUCGAAGUAAAGUUAAGAAAUCAAAUUGAUCGGUUGUGGGAACUCUCGCCAGCACUUGUAGCAGCAUCACUUCCUCCCUGGUCUCUAUUAUUUGAACUAUAUGCAAGUGAUUUGUUGAGUCAAUUUAAAGGGAAAACUACAAAGAUUCGAUGCUGCAAUUGUAGUGACAACAAGGAACACACAGAAUGUGAAGUUGCAGAGAGAAUUUGGUGCCUCUACAUUUUUCAUGUAUCGAAUAUCCAUUCUUAAUAUUCCUUGGAAUAUUCGCUUG